AUGCUCCCAAUUAUCGAUAGUAUCGACCUUGAAGUUUUCCCGUUUAGUUCCACUUUACGGCGACUUUACGUCUUCUCUUACAGCUUUGUCCUUCAUUGUGGGAAGUGUCCUUAUUUUGGCUUUGCCAUGAUACUGAUUGAGUUUUAUGAUAUUAAUACUAAUGGACAUUAUUGUGAAACACUGAGACCUCACCAUUCAUACAUCACAAUUAUAAUGCAAUGUUCAGAGCCGGUUAAUCAGACUACAUUGGUCAUUCGACUAGGUCCUAAUGAUCAGCUGUAUGCUCACAAGGCUCAAACUUAUCUCUUGAAGUUGUUCAACGGAAGCGUUUCCAAUAUUCAUUGCAAUUUCAAUGUCAUACCACUUUGCUCUUUUCAGCUCAGUAAUUCAUCUCUUUCUGACGACUAUGAUGUGAUUAUCCGUUCAUUUGAUGCCUCUCUACAUUCAGGGAAUUAUUCUUGCUAUGGAACGUUCAUGAAUGGUAAUGAGACUGAAAUAGAGGAGGUAUCGAUACAGGCUUACGAUUACUUCCUUUUACAAAGAUCGGGACAUUUUUCGUUCACAACUUUUGCUUUUCGGGAAGCAUGA